AGAACUCGCUUGCCCUUGGCCUUCGAUUUCUUCUGCUCGGCGUCCGUUGUGCCCAGCACGGAUUUCAUCGCCUCUUGCAGCAGCAGUUCUUCUUCGAUGAGGGUUCGUUUGGGCUGCUGCUGCUCCGGAUCGCUCUCUUCUUCCUCUUGAUCCCGAGCGGAACUGGAUUCGGCCGCCGGUGACGCAUCCGGCUGCUGCUGUUGUUGUUGUUGUUUCAUGGCCGAGUCUCGUCUGGUUUUGGACGAUUGUGUCUGCUGUGCUUGUGGAGCAGCUGGUUCUGCCGUUUGUAUUGAGGUGUCCUCGGACACUUCCUUCUCGAGCAAACUUCUGCGAUGCUCUGCGAACUUGCGCUUUUCACCUGCUUUUGCGGUCUUUGCGGAUUUGAUCCUUGCCUCCACUUCCCGCUCGAUCUCGGCGAUGCAGUCCUCCAGUUUCUUCUGAUUAUUUUCCUCCAGUAGAUUCCUCGUUGACUCUAAUUUCUGAACUGAAUCGUUUUGUAGUGCUGCCAUGGCCAGCGCUUCUCUUUCGGCAAAAUCAGUUGUUAUGGAUUCCUUUUCUUUCUGUGCCUUUUCUCUCUCUUCCCUCUCAAGUCCACUGCAGGCCUCUCUUUCUCUUUGUUCUAGUUCUUGCAUUUUUUCCGGUCUGUUACGCUCACUUUCUAUUGUCUCCUUUCCUCGUUGUCUUACUGCAAGCUGUCGUUCUUUUCUCUCUCGAUUUAUGGCUUCUAUCCUAAAGUCGCACUCUUCUUCGAUCUUUUGAGAGUCGUGAGCUACUUGAGCGUUGACGAAAGCUUCCAAGCGCUGCUCUUCUUCCGCUGCCUCUUGUCGUACUCUGUUCCUGGCUUCUACCAACAAAGGCUUCAAUUCUCUUUGUGAUUUUUUCUCCAAUUCUUGCAUCAGCGCUUUGGCUUGGCUGGCAUAGUCUGCUCGAAUUUUGGACCUCACAUCUUCUAGAUCGCUUUUACUCUGGGCUUCUUUGGAUUUCAUACGUUCAUCGAGUUCGGAUUUGAGCUUUUCUUUCAGCGGUUUCAAUCGAUACUCUUCCAACUCCUGCCUUAUCGUUACCCUGAGAGCUUCCAAAUGCUUCUCAUGUUCUUUUUCUUUCUCGACUAUCUCAGAUGCAAGCUUUUCCUCCACCUUGUUCUUCACUUGUAUUUUUUUUAUAUCUCUGAUUUGCUCCAAUCUUUCUGCCAUCUCAUCUCUGAGCUUCUUUAUGCGUUCGUUUUGUUCUUGUGUUUCUAAUGCCGGUAACCUUUGGAGAGCCGUGGGCUUCGAACCUUCGUCCGUGUCUGGUGGUUCUGCAAGUCGUCUGGAUGUAGGGGUCGAUGCCCGCCUCUUGGUCCGAUCUACGGAUUGAUUAUAUUCAUCGGUGCUGCUUGAUGGUCCAGAAGCUAAGGCACUUUGCCUUCGCUUUGAAUUAUCUCUAGUCUUCUGAACCUUGGGCUUCUUCUUCGUCUUAGGUCUUGAACUAGUAGUGGCUGUUGUAUCCCGUGUUUCAUAGUUGUAGGUAAAGCGCUCCUCUCCAUUGAAAUUGUAUUUAGUUGAUCCUUCUAUUUCGGGAAUUAAAGGUACUGUGGAGAGCAAAGAAGAUCGUAAUCGGAACCAUCUCGCAAUGCGUCCUCCACUCUUGGCAAGAAUACUUUCGCUGGCAAGUGCAGUUGGGUCAAUGCUCUUGUCUCCAUGAAUAUUGACUCUGACUGCCGGGUUUGCGGUCUCUUCAUCAUCGUGGCCUUGAUCUCUACCAGAUGGCAUGAUCGAUUAUUAACGCAUCAUCACUGGUCGCGAAAACCUGAAGGUCUGAUACUGGUGUAUUCUAUCGAGACUUCCCCUGACUUGAUCCUUCAUCACUUUAUAAUGCUUAAGUAUAUAUAUGUUUCCCUCUAUAACGACUCGUCAUUAUGUGAAUCGCCCUUUUCGUCGGAAGAGGCUGGUAUGUUACUUUUGUGCUUUAUCAUUUCACUUCCAUCUUCAGAUCGGUUCUAUGACCAGAUCACGCGGUACGUAAAUUUCCACUUCACGAAUUAUAGGGAAACAACAUACAUACUGGUCUCUGUGCUAGCAUUGCAAAGCAUUGUGCAGAGAAAGUGGAAACUACACGAACGCAUCAAUUUUGCGAAAUUUAAGUUUAAUUAUUUAAGAUCUUUGCCGGAAGAAUGAGUCAACUUGACUUUGCAUUUCGCAAUAACAACCUAGCCAUUUCUAGAGCACGUUAGUGAGACUGAUUCGUCCCACCACUUUGUUAAGAACAGAUCCCUAUGCCAAUGCUCGAGUUGAAUUUACUACUUACACGUACGAGGCAAUUCCUCGAUGGGUUCUCGUUCCAGGAAGUCUUUGGCGGAGAUUUGUUUCUGGAUAGAUUAAGUUCUUUUCCACCCAUGACUAGGAAACGAUUCUCGGUCUUAAUUUCAUCUGAUUAGCAAAGUAUGUUUGUAAAGCGGGAGGAUGGAAGUAGGCUGACACCAAGUCCAAUAGUGCUGGUCCGCAUCACGUCCCCGAGCCUGUGCAUGUCGUGCAAUUUGUGCACGAUUACUGUCAACCUUUGAAGUGAUUUUCCACUUCCAGGCGAUCACGGGUUUGUUGAUGUCGGACCUUUUCAACCGUUUAGCUAUAGCUGAACGGAUCCGUCUAGAUCUCUUUUGCUAGCAUCUGUUUGGCGAUUUAUGUCCGAUAUCCUGAUAAAUCGGAUCCCGUUGAAGCCAAGAGGUUCGAAUUCGGAAGGGGUGAGUCGUGUCUACGCUAUAUAGUUGUGCAAGUGGAUUUCAUUCUGGGGUUGCAUGUAGAUUGAACCCUCUUUCUUCGUCAAUUUAUACCACAUCCAAGAAACUGACAACGUAACAAUCGAAGUUCGAGUGAGGUGGCUGUCAAAUUUGCGUGAAGAUUCUAGAUCUAUUUUUUCAGAAAAGGGAUCCAGCGAUGGGGUCGUCUGGUGGCGGUCGUGACAUCUCUAUGGGUGUUGCGGAUAUGAAAUUGAAGGCGAAAGCCAAGAGUCUUGCAGGUGGUCCUAUAGACAAAAACAUUCAAAUAAUCAGACAGAGAGAUAGGAGCAAGACUAUGUCAAUUCGUCGGACAGGUGUGAGUGCAGAAGUUUUCACCGGCGACGAGAAGUUUGAGAAGAAAAUAGUCGAGAAGAGUGAAGAAGCCAAAAAGCGGAUUCGUGCCUGUUUUUUGAAGAGCUAUCUGCUUGAACAUCUUGAUAAGGAGCAAACGGAGACGGUGGUCGAAGCGGUUGAAGAGGUACGAUUCAAAGAAAACGACAUUAUUAUCCAGCAAGGAGAACCAGGAGAAUACUUUUACCUUCUAGAGCAAGGAGCCGCCGAAGUGUGGAUAACGAAGGAGGGAGAGACAAAACCCAUAAUGGUGAAGCAGUAUACUGCCGGAGACAGUUUUGGAGAGCUCGCUCUUUUGUACAAUGCACCAAGGGCCGCUACUGUAAAGGCGACCACGGAUUGUGUGCUGUGGGCAGUGGAUAGAAAUACGUUCCGUGCCAUUUUGAUGACCUCAACACAGGAGAAGAGAAAUUUAUAUGAAGAAUUCUUGAAGGAAGUUCCUCUUCUCAAAUCCCUGGACAAGUACGAGAGAUCAGCCAUUGCCGAUGUUUUACAGCCGGAAUACUUCAAUCCUCAACAAGUAAUAAUCGUCGAAGGUGCAAAAGGCGACAAAUUUUUCGUGCUCGAGGAAGGGGAAGCCGAGGCUCGAUCACAGGGCAAGGUUGUCAUGAAAUAUAAGCGAGGAGACUACUUUGGGGAGCUUGCACUGCUCAAUGAUGCCCCUCGUGCCGCUACAAUUACCGCACUGACGAAAUGCAAAGUUGUGUCCAUAGAACGGGAACAAUUCAAGAGGCUGCUGGGAAAACUCGAAGACAUCCUUCACCGUAAGAAAGAAGACUACGAGAAAGUGAAUGCAGCCGUGGCUGUUUCUCCAGAGGAUGCACCCGCACAGCUUCCUGACUUGCCGCCGGGGGCAGCACCUUCAGCACCUUCAGCCUCAGUCUCGGAGACCUCCACUGUACCUUCUUCGCCCACCAGUGAAUCUGGACCUAGUGGCACUUAACUUUGUCAUUCUCAGGCGAUGACAAAUACAUGUAUGUGCCAUGACUUUGGAUCGAGCCUCUAUACGAUAAGGUACAGUAGGCUGAAUGCCAGGAUCCAUCAACAUGUGGUUCGUAUUGCUUCUCAGUUGCAGUUUGUAGGGAAAAUUUGACCUCGAGACCUGGAGGUAGAAAUAGAGAACGAAGAGAUGUAAAUUGGUCUUAAGGAAAGUAAACACUGUCGCCGAGACAAACACUGAAUGAUAAGUUGCUUCCC